CUCCGCUGGCUUCUUGAGUCUUUAUUAGUGGGACAGUGGGACUUCUGUCACUGCACUGUGGAAAUAGCAAGGAUGUAGUCAGCAUACGGUCACUGCAUAAGCACCUUUAUAACUCUGAUCUGAAACUAUCUGUUGGGAGACAAAGUCAGAGGAGCAAACAGGACACAGCUUUAGUUAUGAGACUUUAAAUAGGAAGCAGCAUUGAUCAGAACAUCGGGCAUUGAGGAGUUGUGAGAACCCAAUCACUGUUGACCUAUAAAAAAACCCUCGUUCUGGAUUAAGAUGGCUCACGAGAAAAGGUUUAAGGGGAUUCCCAUGUCAAAGUCGAUGAGAGGUUUGUGUAAAGAGGAGGACUAUGCAUUUCUGGGAAUAUCAGAAAAGACUGAAGGGGCUGGAGUUUUGGAAGAUAACUGGAGGGGCGAUAAAGAGAAGAGGAUCCGCUGGCGACAGGAGAGGGAGCAGAAAGAAAAAGAGAGACUCCGGGAAAUAGAAGAGAGCAGAAAGGAGAAGGAGCAGCAGUGGAGGACUCAUGUGGCAAACGUGACCUCCAGUCAGGAGAAGACUCUGCAAGACAGGCUGGCAAGACUGAGGAGAUUCAGGGAGUUCCAAAGGAAGGUGCUUGUGGAGGAGUCAGGACAGGAGGUCAGCACCGCCAUCCUUACAGCCAACCAGCUUCUCACCAGGAUGUAGUUCACUACACAAGAGACUGACUCAUCAAAAACAUGCUAAAUGUUGUAUUAAAAUAUCAAUAAAUGAUCAU